CGCUCUAAAUUGGAAUCUCUCUCUCGCUCUAAAUUAUAUUCUCUGUAUGUCCCCGACAGGUGCUCUCUCUUUCUCUCUAGGUUCUCGUGUGCUCUCGCUCUAGGUUUUUCUACUCUGUAUGGCCUCUCUCUCACUCUACAGGUCAUUGCUCUGUGUACUGUCUCUCUCUAGACUCUGAUACCUCUUUCCAGGCUCGAGAUAAGCCAUGCAUUAGGCACUUGGGGCAAUCUGAGGAGCGCUAUUACCAUCAUUCAUGGCGCUUGCUUUAGGGAAGCUCUCGAUCCUCGUGGGAGCAGGUUUGCUUGGAUCUGUGCUUGCUAAGGAUGGCGGUACUUCAAAGGUUUCGGAUUUCCUUUCUGGUGCUUUCAAGAUUGUCGUGAAGCAUAUUCAAGUUGAUGACUCUCCAAAGAAGGGCAACUCUCAAAAUGAUUCUUUGAUGCAACAGGUCAAAAGUCUCCAAGAGGAGUUGCAACUUUUUGCUUCGUCUAGGUCAGUCACAGUUAUAACUGGAAGUUCUAAUUCAGGUGCUGGGACAUAUGCUAUGCCGAUUCUUGUAAUUGGAGUUGCAGGAUACGGUUAUAUCUGGUGGAAGGGCUGGAAAUUGUCGGAUAUGAUGUUUGUCACAAGACGUGGCUUUUCAGAUGCUUGCUCAACUGUAGGAAAGCAACUUGACCGAGUUUCAUUUUCUAUCAAGAAAACCAAAGAGGACUUGUCUUCAGAUAUUAAUAGAGUUGAUGGUAAUCUGAACGAUUGUGCCCGAAUCACUGCUGCUACUGAAGAAAAGGUGGUCCUAUUACGAGAUGAUCUAAAGCUGGUUGGUGUUGAUGUUCAAUCUGUUCAUCGUGCAGUUCGAUCCCUGGAGAUAAAAAUUGGUCGGAUAGAACAGAAACAGGAUUAUUCAAUUAAAGGGGUGUCCCACUUGUGUCAGUUUGUACAAAACCUGGAGGAAGGACAACAAAGGGAGUUUAUUCAGGCAUCACCAUCUAGCAGUUCGUCACUGCCAGCCCUAGAACUUCCACUGCAUAGGACCUUGUCCACACCACCUGUAAGGCUUGCUCUUGAGGUACCGUCUCCAUCUUUUGAUUCAAAGAUUUCUCAACCUCUGCAGAGGCAGGCUUCCGCUUCAGGCCUCCAGGUGCUACAUGGAAUAUCCACCCCUAUCAAGGCAGACAAUCCUCCUGCUGAUGGAACCCAAGCUUCAGGGGAGCCCCAAAGGGGCGAAUCUUCGAAAUCUAGUCAAUCUGGUUGGCGGCUUCCUAGUUUACUUACGCCAUUUAUUACAAGGACUCAUAGUGCAACUUCCUCCUUCAAAUAAAAUCAGAUACAGCAGAAGACCGUUCGGAUUUUGUAGAUUCUGUAGAUAAUCAUCUACUUUUACAGCAUCGCUUAAGAUAGGUUGAAUCAUUUCUUGGUGGUUCUUGUCACCAGCCUUGAAUUAUUUUGGCCUGAAGUAAAAAGAGAGAGGAGUGGUUAUCUCCCUUUUAUUUUGUGGGGUAUUUAUUGGAUUAUGCCACUCAAAUUCAGUUUCUAGUUUUUGGGGUUCUGCCAAUUUCAAGGUUUUUGUUGAUGAGCUUUGUGAUGGAGGUCAUGUAGGCAGUGGUCUUUUAUUCUUAUGCUCAAGAAAACGGAGGAGAAUGAACAAAUAUGAUCCCCCUCUGAUAAGUGAGUGUAUUCAAAAGUACCUUCACUUUCCAUUUAUAGAAGAUAAUGAACUACAUUUGGUAGUUUUGAGA